AUGGGUAGUGAAGAUGAAUCAAUAGAGCAGAAGUCUGCUGCGCGUAAAGAGGCGCUUAAAGCUUUAAGGAUGGCUCAGGAACUUUCUGAGAGUAAGGAAGAGGGAGAGGAAGGUGAUGCUGCUGUUGAAGAAGAUGGUCCAGCCAUGAAGUUUAGAAAUUAUGUUCCCCAAGCUAAGGAGCUUCAGGAUAGUAAAGUUGUACCACCAGAGCUACCCAAAUUCGAAGAUCCAGUUGCUGCACUUCCACCUGCUGUGGAGAAGAAAGAGGACCCAUUUGUCAACAUUGCUCCAAAGAAACCCAACUGGGACCUUCGAAGAGAUGUCCAGAAGAAGCUUGACAAGCUCGAAAGGCGGACUCAAAAGGCAAUGCAUAAACUCUUCGACGAGCUUAAGGAAGAACGUGAGAUGGCCGAAACUGAUGAAAACGCAAUAGAAAGCUAA